CAGUAAUGGCAAGGUAUAAGAAAUGCAAGCGAAAACGAAGAGCCAGAGCAAAACUUCGACUGGAAAAAAAGAGAAAUGCUGCAACCCCCCAGGGCUCAGUUUGUCCUUCUCCAUGGUCACCAGCUCAUCUCCCUCUGAACACAUCACCAGCCCCAAGGUGCUCGCUCUGGUCUUUCACCUUGCCCAGUGUAAAAAAUGUGGUCAAACCUUUGACAACAGCAGCAUCAWUUCUGUACUGGUGGUGCCAGAACAGGUUUGCACAGAGCUUUAAGGUGGUUAAAGACACCGUAUUUCCAUCACAAGUCUACUUAAGGGAAUUAAAUACAUUCAGGGAGAAGCUGGAGAAGUUGGAAAGUGAAUUUUCCAAGCUACAAGGAGCGCUCCAGAUGAACGGGGCUGCAGCUUUAUCUCCAGAAAGUUCUCUUUGCCAAAGGUGUCAUAAGCCAGUCCUGGGUGCUCCUGUGGGGACACAGAUGGACCUUCCACCAUCAGCAUCCGUGCCUGUGUCCAUCCCCCCUCCUCCUCCUCCUCCUCCUCCUCCUCCUCCACCACCACCACCUCUGCCUCCACCAAAACUGCCUCCAGCACCCCUCCUGCUCCCACGGGGCACUGCCUCUAAACCACUGCAGGCACCAGCAGUGAAAAAGGAUGGGCCCAUGCACAUCACCCUCAAAGACCUCCUGAAUGUUAAACUGAAGAAGACAAACAGCAACCUGAGAAUGGACAAGGARCAAUCACCAACAAAGCCACGUAGGGCAUUGAUUACAGUCACAGAUYUACAGAGUGUUAGUCUGAGACCUAAAUCCAAGCCAUCACCUCAUACUACAAAAACUUUAAUUACCUCCCCUAAAAAUCAGAUUGACCUUCGGAAACAUCUGAAGAAAGUCGACAUACAAAGAAGUCCWGGUGGCACUCCUCUAAAUAGUAAAGAAAACACUGAAUGUGGCUCUGGGCUGACACCAAUAAUGACGCAGGCACUACGGCGCAAAUUUCAGAUGGCUCACCCRAAGAGCCCCUCGCCUGCACGGUUGAGUGCUGCAAACAGCUUUGAUGAAAAGUAAAAAGGAAAGUAGGUUUAUGGAACAACAUGUUUUCCAUUUGUGGUCAGGAAGCCACUUGACUCCCAUUUUUAUCACACUCAGGCACA